AUGGACGCUCCCGAGGCGCGCAGGUUCUCGACGAGCACGGCUGAGCGCGUCGGCUUACUUAGGGCGCACGAAAACGCGGCGAAGCAGAAUCAAUAUGGCGCAAUUCCGGAUCCCUCUGAGAUUGAGAGUCUGCUGGGUGGAGAUGGGACGACAGAAGAGCUGGGGACCACGGCGGGGCAGGAAGCCAAGUUGCUGCUGAAGUACAGCGUUCCGUUGAUGGGGACGUACCUGCUGCAGUACUCAUUCAGUUUGGUGACGAUAUUCGUCGUAGGGCAUAUCGGAACGGAUGAGCUUGGUGCGGUCUCUCUAGCCACAAUGACAGCCAAUAUCACCGGACUAGCAAUCUACGAAGGACUGGCCACAUCACUAGACACUCUCUGCGCGCAAGCUUAUGGUUCCGGGAAGAAGACCAUGGUCGGACUCCACCUUCAACGCAUGAUCCUCUUCAUGUUAGCUGUGACCAUCCCCAUCGGAGCUAUCUGGCUGUGUUCAGGUUGGAUUUUGGCCGCCCUGGUCCCCGAGAAGGCGAUUGCGCAUCUCGCUGGAUACUACCUCUCGUUACUCCUCGCAGGAGCACCAGGAUAUGCCAUCUUCGAGGCUGGCAAGCGAUUCACGCAAGCACAGGGCCUGUUCAACGCUUCGCUCUUUGUCUUGCUCAUUGCGACGCCUAUCAAUAUAGCUCUGAACUAUAUUUUCGUCUUCGUUCUGGACUGGGAUCUCACGGGUGCUGCCCUCGCGACUGUCAUCUCCAACAACCUCCUACCAUUACUGCUUUGGAUAUAUGUGUACUUCGUUAACCCGUCUUCGCUGGAAUGCUGGGGCGGCUUCACGAAGGCUGCGUUCACCCAUUGGGGGCCGAUGGCAAAAUUAGCAGUCCCAGGUAUCGUCAUGGUCGAGACCGAGUGGCUAGCUUUUUCAAUCGUCAUGACUCUAGCAGUAGCCAUCUACCACGUCCCCUUCUCCGUCGGCGUAGCCGUCUCAACCCGCCUGGGCAACUUAAUCGGCGCCGGCUCCCUCUCCGCCGCCCGCACCGCCACAAAAACGUACAUCCUAACCUUCCUCGCCAUCGGCCUCAUCGACUUCGCCUUCCUAACCGCCUGUCGAAACGUCCUCCCCAAAGCCUUCACCAGCGACCCUGAAGUCGUCAGCAUAGUCGCCACCGUACUCCCCUUACUCGCUGCUUUCCAAUUCGCGGAUUCCACGACCGCACUUGUAAACGCCUUGCUUCGUGGACUGGGAAAACAGAAUAUUGGGGGCUGGUGCAAUCUCUUCGUGUACUAUGUUAUUGCGGUGCCGUUGGCGCUUUUCCUUUGUUUCAAGCAGGAUAUGAAGUUGGUGGGGCUUUGGACUGGGUGUGCGGUGGGUUCGGCCUGCAUUACGGUAUCUGAGGGUAUUUAUAUGAAGUUUUAUAAUUGGGAUAAGGCGAUUGAUGAUGCGAGGGAGAGACAGGAGUAG